AUUGUAUACUGUCAUAUUACUCGUAGCUUAGAAACAUACAAGAAGAGAGAAGGCGGGGUUGCUUACCAACGUUAAUGUUGGAUGAUGAUGUGUAACAUCCAUAAAAAGAAUCACCCUUUCUUAUGGCGUACUAUUACGAAAGCCUUCCUUUUUUGAAAAUCGACGUGAAGCUUCAAUGCAAAAUAUAUAAAAAGGUGCGCAACUUCUACAUUAGCAAAAACUUGUCUUAUUAUCAAUAGCCCAUUUAAGACUUAUAAACACAAUGGUCGAUAUUUUAGUUCCCUCCGAAUAUGGCUACAUUCUCAUUGUAGCUAUUCUCUCCAUAAUCCAGCUCAAUGUGUUCGGCAUUGCUACCUUCACCGCUAGAAAGCGCGCUGGUGUACCUUAUCCACAGGAGUACGCUGAAAAAGCUGAAGCUGAAGCUGAUUUCGACAAGCAUCUUUUCAACUGCAAGCAACGAGUCCAUCAAAACACACUCGAGAGCUUUCCUGGAUUUGCAGUUCUACUUUUCAGUGGCGGUUUAACAUGUCCCAAGACUACUGCCUCUGCCGGCGCAAUUUACCUUUUGAGCCGCGUCUUCUACAAUCAUGGUUAUUCUACCGGCACUGUGGAAAAGCGCGGCCAUGGUCGAUUUGGUGUCCUUGGCACGUUGGUCAUGUUGGGCACUUCCAUCUUCACUAUAUAUAGCUUAUUUGCUGGAGAAAAGUAAAUGCAACAUUCCUAGUACUUCAGUUUUUAUGUCAUUUUUAUUCAUUCAUCAAAGCAAUAAACAUCUUAUAUCCGCAUACCUCAAAUAAUACAAGUGUUGCACUCGCGAGGCGGAUCUACAAACAAGAACGCGCUGUUGAAAG